AUGGAUUUUACUGACUUUUAUCAGAUAAGCGCUUAUCUUGAUCCGCUCUCCCAUUAUUAUCCCUCUCCAUAUUUCGGGCUUCUCGACAUACUUGUAUCCGUUAACUGUGCAGCAGUUCAGGAUGUGCGUGUUGGCGUUGGUCGACAUCGUGAUAAAUUGGAACAAAUCCGAGAUUCGCUGAGGCCAUUCGAGCAAGCCGGUAAUGCAGAAUCAGCAGCAUUGCCGUCGCCUUUUUGUCUGCCAAACAAUAACAGCAGUGAGGAUGAGGAGCGACGUCAAAUCAUGAUCAAUACGCUCACGCAAAUUGGCUUCGAUGAGGUGCGAAUGUUCGAAUUUUGCCGAUCAUCUCGUGAUCCGUGCUUGUUUAUCUCAUUUUCUUAAUCCGUUAACUGUGCAGCAGUUCAGGAUGUGCGUGUUGGCGUUGGUCGACAUCGUGAUAAAUUGGAACAAAUCCGAGAUUCGCUGAGGCCAUUCGAGCAAGCCGGUAAUGCAGAAUCAGCAGCAUUGCCGUCGCCUUUUUGUCUGCCAAACAAUAACAGCAGUGAGGAUGAGGAACGACGUCAAAUCAUGAUCAAUACGCUCACGCAAAUUGGCUUCGAUGAGGAUUUUCGUGAUUAUGGUGGAAUCGCGCAAGCAGGACGUUCAACAGCAGCAGCCGCACCACCGUCAGCGUCUUCCCUGUACAGUGGCAUCAACGGUCCAGUUUACAAUAACAUGAAGCUAACAGCAGCAACGACAACAACAGGCCAAACAGGAGCAGCAGCAAAUACUGGAGUGACCAUACUGAAUACCCAAAUGUCAGCAACAUCAGUCCUGGCCAGUGUUGACGACAGUUCAUCAAGCAGGUCGAAUAGCCCUCUUGCAAGGAUACCAAGUCCACCGGCUGCUGCAACUGCUGCUGCUACCGUUACUGCUACUUCAUUCUCGUAA